CUGUCGGGUCGACGGUCCGGUAUUGGUCCAGCACUUUGCGGGCAGGUCCCGGCUCGGCCCCUCCCUCCCGUGCGCUGCUGCCGGAUGCGGGUCGUCGCUGCAGUCCGCAGUGCUUCCAGCGGCGCAGCGGAUCACACGCCUCCCUGCGCUUCCUCGGCAGGUGCAAAGGACGAGACGCACACGGGCCCGGGACAAUGGUUUUGGUCUCAACCUUUACAGUUUUGGCCCUCGUGGUUUCCUCUGAAGCGAGUGUUGGACUCAGUACCAACACCAGCUUCUGCACAGAGUCAAAGGAGUGUGUUGAGUAUGAGUUAGUCUGCAAAACAGACGAGUACGAGGUGCGACACUACAGCCCCACCCGCUGGGUGUCAACGGAUGCAGAGGCCUACUUCAUGGGAGUGGGUGCAGCCCUGGCCUUCAGGAGACUUUUCCAGUACAUCAGCGGAGCCAAUGAAGGAGGCGUGCAGAUGGAGAUGACGGCCCCUGUGCUGGUCAAGAUCCCAGAGGAGACCACCAUGUGGGAGCCGGCCAUCUACACGCUCAGCUUCCCGCUGCCGGCGGCGCAUCAGGACCGGCCCCCUGCUCCCACCACUGACAAGCUGUAUUUCACUGAGAUGCCAGCGGUUGACAUGUACGUGAGGAGCUACGGAGGCUGGAUGCUGUCGGUCACCUCCCGGCUUCACGCCCACCUGCUGACCAAAGAGCUGGACCGGGUCCGCGCCUCCUACAACCACAGCUACCACUACGCCGUGGGCUACGACAGCCCCUUAAAGCUCUUGAACAGGCACAAUGAGGUGUGGUACGUGGCCGAGGGGGAGCCAGUGUGCACCGACCCCCAGGAGCCGACCCCCCCACGCAACCCCGGGCACCUGCCGACCAACUCCCCGUCCGAGCCGCCUCCACACGCGCCCUCCCACUCGCCCCCGCUCACCCCCGGCAACCUGUCCUCCCCCACGGGCGACUCCUCCUCCCAUGCGCCCUCCGACGCCCCCGCCCUCCCCACGUCUAACGCCGCGCCGGCCACUUCACCCCAGGCGCCCGCCUCCGCCGCGUUCGGCCCGCCCACCGCCUCCGCGGUCCCGCUGGACCCGGCCCCCAACUCGUCCCGGCCCGGCGCGAGUGCGUCCCCCGGGCCCCGGUCCGAUGCCGCCCCCUGGAACAGCACAGCCCACAGCGACAGUGACCCCGCGGUGGAGCCGGGCCACGCUCGCUAGCAGCCUUCAUGUCGCUUUAAGCAGCAGCUCCAGGUAUAACAUGGAAGCAGUUACGGUUGAAUGGAUGUUCUCCUCCUCCCCUCAUUAUUCCUGCCUUUACACCAACUCCUCCUUAUAACACUCAGUAUUUAACUAUGUUCUAUCACAGCUUUGCAUCUACUGCUUCAUGUGCACUUUGUGGUCCAAGGUUCUCACGCAGCUGCAUUAGUUAAAUUCAGUGUUGUUAUGUUUUCCAGCUACAGCUAAAUAGUCACAUUGUUACCAAACACCACCUACAGCAGCAUAGCAACCUGUAGCACUUGGUAAAUGAAUGGAAGUCUGGAGGAAUGUUAGUGAAUCACUAUACUGUAACGUCACUGUGCAUAUUCUUGGGGCUCUUUGACGCUGCCUCACAAUCUGAUCGAUAUUAAAAUCUCCUGAAUGUGUUUCUUUUACCAACUUAGCAACAAAAAAACAAUAAAUGACCAAAAAUUAAAAUCACUAGACAUUACGCUACUUAAAAUCUAAACAAGUCCUGAUGAAAAGCAUCGAUCUAACUUGUGACCAGCCCAAAGCUCCCAAAGAAGCACAGCUGAUCAAACGGAUGCAAUAAAAGGUAAUGUGUUCUAAAGGUACGCGUCUCCAAGCCACAUCCUGUAUGUUUAGAGAAAUGUGCAAUAAAAACCCACAACGAA